UUUCGAGAAAUUCAUAGAAUUAUUCAGUCAGCGCUCAUCACUCGACCACCACGAACAUUUAGCUCUCCUGAAUCUUCGACUCAGCCCUCCGAGCCGUGAGAGCUCAGAUAUCAGUGACUAUGGCUUCAGCAAGCCUUGCUGCCGGGGCUUUCUCCAGCUUCACUUCGUCUCUCUCAGUGAACUCGCUCCCGUUUGCAAUUGGCAACCUCUCGCAAACCGUAGCUCUUUCCAGGAAUUUUCAGGGCCUUCGGAGGAGAUCCGAGCCAUUUUACUCUUCCCCCUCGAUCUGGGCUUCCAGAGUACCAAGGAGUUUCGUUGCGAAUGCUGUCAGCGAGGAAAAGCUGCCAUUGGUUGGAAAUCCUGCACCUGAUUUUGAGGCGGAGGCAGUUUUUGAUCAGGAAUUUGUUCAGGUCAAACUUUCGGAUUAUAUUGGCAAGAAACAUGUUAUUCUUUUUUUCUACCCACUAAAUUUCACAUUUGUUUGCCCCACAGAGAUUACUGCCUUCAGUGAUCGUCACCCUGAAUUUGAAAAAUUAAACACAGAAAUCUUGGGAGUUUCAGUUGAUAGUAAAUUCUCCCACCUUGCUUGGAUUCAAACAGAUAGGAAGGCAGGAGGUCUUGGGAAUAUAAAAUAUCCCUUGAUAUCUGAUGUGACUAAAUCAGUAUCACGUUCCUAUGGCGUAUUGAUUCCUGAUCAGGGCAUUGCUUUGCGAGGAUUGUUCAUCAUUGACAAGGAGGGAGUGAUUCAGCACUCAACCAUUAAUAACUUGGCCAUUGGUCGCAGUGUUGAUGAAACUAUGAGGACCCUUCAGGCACUGCAAUAUGUGCAAGAGAACCCAGAUGAAGUCUGCCCUGCUGGAUGGAAGCCUGGGGAGAAGUCCAUGAAGCCUGACCCUAAGCUCAGUAAGGAAUAUUUUGCUGCAAUUUAAUAACUGUCCUGAUCUGCAAGCUUGUUGUUUUUAGAAGUGAAUCCACUUGUCAUUAGUUUAGUAGUUAAUGGUGAAUUAAUUAAGGAGUAAUUUACUAAUGAUAGGUGGAUUUAUAUCAUUAAUUCUCUUCUAAAAAUGAUCUUGCUUCUUAGGAUUGAACUUUCUAAAGUCAAUCUGAGGGAUCAAUGGCUGUACAUUUAACAGUAAUCUCUGAAUUGGUGGAGUAUUAUUUUGGAAGAUAAGACUUUUCUUGUAGAAAA